CAUUCAUAUUGCAUUUAAUGUGCAAUAUACGACGUUCUGACAUCCAAUGGGAAAAUGCGUUUUCUAGAAACUUUUGCUGAUGACAUUUUUAUUGCGUCCUUUAUGUUUUCUGUACAUUUGGCGUUAUCUCACGAUUAUUUUACUAUAUACUGUUGUUUUGGUUUGGUGUUGUGAGACAGUUAAAGUACGAUUUGUUUAAAAUCGCAGGAGGAAACAUAGAAUAAGGAAGCAUGAUAAACAUUAAAGGACCGUGUUCCAAAAGGAACAAAUAUUCAUAACAGACGAAGCAGGAGAAAUUCAAUUAGGACAUUAACAAUUGGAUCACACAUCGCGCAACGAAACGUAAUAAGAAACCAGGAAAAGGAAAAAAAUGAGCCGUCCUAAAUGGGACGUGCUGUGGUCCCCUUUUCAUUCGGACAGAUUUAUCACGUGGGAUAGUGACGCUGUAUUGAAUCUCUAUGAAAUUGCAUCUCGGAAUAAUAGUGCACGAGACGGCGAUCAGAUUUAUUUACAGAUUUCUGAACACUCCAUUGCUGAACUAGUUUCAUCUGUUACCAUUAAUAGCUAUGCCAAAUGUGUUGACAUAUAUCCCCAACCGGAACCAGACAUCGUGGCUAGUGGCCAUGCAAAUGGAAAAAUAGUCUUAAGUACCCUUAGUCCUUCAGAGUUUGAUUAUCAAGGCAUCGUGGGAAGAGAAUUUUUUCCAAAAUAUACACGACCAUGCAAUGUUGUUGCCUGGAAUCCUGUGGAUACCCACUUGAUCAUGUCGGGUUUGGAUAAGCAUAGUAAAGAGCAUUCUGUAUUACUAUGGGAUGUACAUCACUAUCCAAAGGGCUCUGAACGAUCAAUAGCUGAAGCGGCAGUAUCAGAAACUAUACAUUCCGCUGCUUGGUUUAAGCAUGAUCCUAGGUGUCUGGCUUUAGGUGCUAAUAACAAGCAAUUGAAAGUUGUUGAUUUUAAAGAUUCUGCAAAAGUGGUAAAUGUUACUGCCACAAAGGCAGUAUACAAUUUGUCAGUAAAUCCUCAUAAUAGCUCUCAAUUAUUGUCUCAUGUUGACAAUGUGAUCACCAUCUGGGAUACAAGGUGUUUUGAGAAACCUAUUGUUACUAUAGUGGCACAAAAACAGGUUACAAAAGUGCUAUGGUGUCCAACCAGACGUAAUCUUAUCGGCACACUACAGAAAGAUUCAGUAGGUUUGCAUCUAUUUGAUAUUCAAUACUGCGGAGGGGAAGACACCGAACCAGGUGUCCUGGAAAGAGUAGUUUUACCACCAUGGCAUAGUCCUAUAAGUUUUUCAUGGCAUCCGAAUGAUCAAAAUCGAUUAUUAGCAAUAUCAAUGCAAGGAGUUACCGAUUAUACUGUAUGUGAGAGAAUAACGCUCAACUGGUCCGCUCGGUCGUGUCUCAUGUGGAACUAUGCUUUUAAAUCUUACAAAUAUAUACACAGUGAGGAUAGCGUUUAUAAGGAACUGGAUGACAUCUCAGUUUUAACAAAGAAGCGUGCCAUGAUUGAAUAUGGUUUGCUUACGGAUUUAGCGCAAAAUGGCGAGAUAGCCGGAAACGAUACCUUGAAAAAUUUGUGGCAAUGGUUAUAUCUAAGUCGCUCUUUAGUAGAAGAUAAUGUUAUACAAAGCCCUGAUAAUAAGCAUCCUGGUGUAAGGACAGUCUUAAAAUUAGACGGCCAGCAAAAUCCGGGCAAUGGUUUCAUUAAGUCGGAAAUAAUCCAUCGUCCCUGGACGGACAUAGGUUCCAGUUAUACAACAAAGAUCUACAGAUCACCAGAUAGGGAGAAAAGUUUUCUUUUGUGCGGUUUGCGAUUCGACAAGGAGACCAAUACUGCAUAUGACAAUGCAUAUCUGGAGAAACUAGAAAAAGAAGGCUCGUAUGCGAAAGCAGCGGCAUUCGCGGUAUUUAAUCUUUGUUUAAGGCAGGCCUUAGACAUUUUAAAUCGAGGCAACGACAAGAGUCGAACGACCACUCUGAGUAUGGUGGCUAUGGCAUUGUCGGGCUUCUCCGAGGAACGCACCACAUUGUGGAGAGAAUCAUGUCAGAAAUCUCGAUCUCAAUUAUCCGAUCCUUACCUAAGAGCAACAUUCGGUUUCUUAACUGCGGAUAACGAUUCAUAUGAAAACGUACUUAACGAAAACGGCAUGGCUGUUGAAGAUCGAGUAGCAUUUGCUCUCAUGUUUUUAUCUGACAGUAAAUUACACGAGUACUUGAAAAGAUUGACUCAGAAGUUGAUUGAAGAGGGUGAUCUAGCGGGCUUCUUGGUCACAGGUGCGAGUUUGGAAAGCAUACACAUAUUGAGUAAAUAUUUAGAAAUUACUUCGGAUGUUCAAAGUUGUACUCUUAUUGCUAUUAGAGCUUUUGCGCCUAAAUUGAUCCAAGAACAUCAAGUUCAAGUGUGGAUUACUAAUUACAGACACCUCUUGAAUGCGUGGAAAUUAUGGUUCCAAAGAGCCAGAUUCGACAUUGUUAUGAGAUCCUCGACGCCGCAAGAGAAACCACCACAGCAAAUAUAUAUCUCUUGUAACUUCUGCGGUAAAAGCAUAUCGGCUUUUAUGCAAGGAUUGAGCAGAACGAGAGUCCCAUUUGGUAGAUUAAGCAGUACGCCUAAUAAAUUGAAGAUGACGGCGUGUCCGAAUUGUCGCAAACCUUUGCCACGCUGUGCAAUAUGCUUGAUGCAUAUGGGUACUGUCAGCGGACUGCAAACAGCCCCUAGUCCUGGCGGUAGCAGAAGUGAAGAAUGUGACACCCAGCUUACAGAAUUCAAUAGCUGGUUUACUUGGUGCCUAACGUGUAAACAUGGCGGACAUAGCGAGCACAUAGCUCAGUGGUUUCGUCAACAUAAUGAAUGUCCGGUAACGUCUUGCAACUGCCGCUGCUCGUCCUUGGACACAGCUGUAGCAUAGGAAUAGGUAUUUCUCAUAGAUGGAAAUAAAAAACAAAAUAUUUUAAAUAUUUUAGGAGAAAUUCUUAAAUCAUAAUCUUUGUUAUAAUUAUAGGGUUUCAUAUAUUUUGUAUAUUUAUCACGUCUAUUUGGAUCAAUUUUAAACAUGGACAAAGAAAUGCAUGUCUCAGUGAUUUCCUUUACAUUAGGGCAUUCUUUGUUACUUUUAUGAAAAAGAUAUAUACCAAGAAUGACAAAUAGAAUGUACAAAAAUGUAAAAAGAAUAGAACAUAGUAAACAAUUUAAAUAUAUCAUGAA